AUGGGUACGACUGGAUUGACUUUGGCAGAUUUGCCGAAUAUAUUUAUUAUGAUAGGUGCUCUAGUUGCGCUUUUUGUGAUGCUAGUCAUAUUACUCAGGAAUAUGGAAGUUAUAGGUAUAGUGGGUGAAGGUCGGGAUGAUACCUGGCCGAGGGCAAUGCAGCCACCUCGCCUGUUGAUGCAAAGGGUCCAUAUACCAUUCACAUUUAAACUACAAGAAAACAAGCCUAUAGGAUACAGCAGUGUCUCCAGCAGUAUAUCUUCAACAGUCCGCUACUGGAGCGCCAGUUGGUGGGGUGCUCCGGUGAGGGACCUGCACCAGACGCUCUGGGGCACCCUGCCAGAGAUACUAGCCUCCAAACACCUGGAUUUCACCAAGAAUCCACCUCAUGAUGAGCAAGACGUGAAGUUGUCUUCGGAGCCUCUACAACUUGGUCCGCCUCCAAGAACCCGCUACCCUUUAGUGGUAAUACUAGCCAGGGACCAAAGAGACACGUCUGAACUCAGGCCAGAUGAUACAGUGGCUCUGAUAACGGUGGUACAUAUUAGAGACGACCAAUGCCCACUGCCAAGCGGUAUUAUAGCACAAUACCUAAAACAGGCGAACGGACACCUCUCCUGUCUCAAGCAACUGUACGUAUCUGGUGAGGUUGGUGACGUCAGUAGUGACGUGUCUCCCGAGUCUUGUGGGGGCUUCGGUCGGGAGGCUCUCUGCUGCGUGUGCGCCUCCGCCCCGCUGUCCAGAGCCCUAUUGCCCUGCCGGCACGCCUGCCUCUGUGCGAGGUGCCUACCUAAGCUGGACAAGUGCCCUAUAUGCCGCAGCCCCAUCAGCAGCUACUUCUGCAUCAGGAACGAAGACGAGCCGCUGUCGGACCUCAAGCAGAACCUGACCACCAACAGGCGGAUACUGAACCUGUUCCACUACCACUAG